GCGGGGAUCCUUGACACCUGUAAAGUAAUGGGUAGGAAGUUGAGUGAGGUGAACGGAAAGCAUCUUGAGUACACACGUAAGGUCUUCAUACCUUGCAAACACUCGGACAAACGGAUUGCAUAUAACUUGAGCCGGACCAAUUUCGCAUUGGUACUGCAGGACUUCAAGAAGCUCACAGCCUUUGGGUAAUGGGGCUGGUUUCUUGUCUGUAUGCUCGGUCAUUCCGUCGUCAAAGGUAGCUGAUUCAAUUUAAAUAUUGCGUUACUUUGUCUCGGACGUGAUAGGAUGCGUUACAAUAUCGUUUAAGUGUUCGUUUCCUUCUCACGAUACUUUGCUUAACAGCCGGCUCAAAAGUUGAAGCUGUGGGUGGCUUGGAUUCCUGACGGAUUUGCACGGUUUUUGCGGUCUGCGAAAUUCUGCCGUUUCCAGGGCCCAGUACUGUUGGAAUUUUAUUUUGACCACUGACAAUAUCCAAGUGAAAGAGGUCAAAUGGCACAGGCACAAAGAUUCCGUGCGCUACUGGAUCUAUGCAAACGAAGGGGAUUCCUUUUUCAAUCGGCCGAAAUUCAUGGUGGUCUUCGAGGUGCAUAUGACUAUGGCCCGCUUGGUGUAGAGCUGAAGAAGAAUAUUGCUCAAUCUUGGUGGAGGAGGAAUGUCUACUUUCGUGACAAUGUGGUCGGCAUUGAUACCAGUAUCGUCACUCCACACAAUGUCUUGAAAGCUUCUGGGCACGUUGAUGAAUUUACAGACGCGUUGGUGGAUUGCUUGUUAACAAAAGAGCGGUUCCGACCAGACAAGGCACCGCCAAUCAACUUCAAACAGGACAAGGGUCAAUCUUCAGGCAAGAUAUCCAUUAUUUCACCUGAUAAGGAAACAGCAAAGUUAUGGGAACAAAAGAUUCAAAACGAACUUGCUCCUGGUGCUGUAGUCACUCGGCAAGGAAAGGAAGUGUUGUUACAUGUGAAGGAAAUGACAACCACAACGUAUGAGCCAGCUACCAACUCACCAUUUUUGACUGACGAGCGACCUUUCAAUUUGAUGUUCAAGACAUUCCUAGACCCUAUUGAUCCAAUCGACCGAGUCAUCAAAACAACCAUAGAAAACGAUACCUCAGAUGCUAGAACAAUAAGAGACCAAGUCGACAACGUGCUACGUCCUUCUACCGUGUAUCUCCGACCAGAGACUGCCCAAGGAGUGUUUAUCAACUUUAACCAAGUUAUGCGAACGAUGAAAACAAAAUUGCCGUUUGGAAUUGCUCAAAUGGGAAAAUCGUUCCGAAAUGAAAUCAGAUUAGAACAUGCUAUCUUCCGCACUCCAGAAUUUGAACAGCUAGAACUGGAAUAUUUUACAGCACCCUGGGAAUCGUCAGCAUGGUUCCAAUACUGGCAGAAGGAUCGACUUGCUUGGUGGUUGGAGCACGCAAACAACAAAGCGGAUAUUCGGACCAGGAACCAUGAAGCAGAUGAAAUGGCUCAUUAUGCGAAGGGUUGCAUGGAUGUCGAGUACAAGUUCCCAUGGGGAUGGGGAGAAGUGGAAGGUGUUGCCAACCGCGGAAACUACGAUCUCACGCAACAUAUGAAGGCUACUGGUGAAAAUUUCGAAGUACUCGAAGACAAGCCUAUCGUCUCGUCUCACCUAAAAGAAACAGCCCUUAUCACUUCAGUACCUCAAGAACCGACACGAUUUGUACCCACAGUUAUAGAAAGCUCAUGUGGUCUCAAUCGCGCUUUGUUAGCUUUCCUCUGUGACGCUUUCCAACAAGUUCAGGAACCUGGUAAGGAAAGUCGAACGGUAUUGAAGUUACACCCUCGAUUUGCGCCUGUCAAGUGCGCUAUUAUGCCUCUUACGGGCAACGCAGAAUUCCAGCCAUAUGUUGAGAAGGUCGCGAGAUCAUUGAGACGCCAAGGUUUAUACACAGUGAUUGAAGCGCAGAAAUUACGCAUUGGAAAGCGAUACUAUCGUCAUGACGAGAUUGGUACACCUUUCUGUAUCACUGUUGACCACCAAACUCUGGAAGACCAGACCGUAACCAUCCGCGAUCGCGAUACCGCCGAGCAACAUAGAAUCCCAAUCACCGAUGUUAGUUCCAUCAUCAAUGAAAAAAUAUGGGGCGAUGAGGCUCCGGAACUAGAGUAGAAUUAUCUGUAGGCUUACUGUUGUAUAUACGAGCUCCUGAAUAUAGAAAAAAAAAGUUAUCAUGGUUUUAAUGAAUGAUAUGAGCUGA